AGAGCCGCCUCUAAUUUUGUUACUCUGCUUUUCGAUCUGGUGAAUCACGGAGUGAGGAAGGGAAAUAGAGAAAGGCGAGGCUCUGCAAAACCACCGGCUAAGGAGGAGCAAUGGGAGUACCGGCAUUCUACAGGUGGCUGGCUGAUCGGUACCCACUGUCGAUCGCUGACGUGGCGGAGGAAGAACCCAGGGACGGCAUGCCUUUUCCGGUAGACGUGUCAGGGCCGAACCCUAACGGGAUGGAGUUCGACAACUUGUAUCUCGACAUGAAUGGGAUUAUUCACCCCUGUUUUCACCCGGAAGGGAUGCCUGCUCCUGCAACUUACAAUGAUGUAUUCAAAUCAAUUUUCGAGUACAUUGAUCAUCUCUUUUCAUUGAUUCGUCCAAGAAAGCUACUUUAUUUGGCAAUUGAUGGAGUGGCUCCUAGAGCUAAAAUGAACCAACAACGUACCAGGCGUUUCAAAGCGGCUAAAGAUGCUGCAGAGACUGAAGCCGAAGAAAGGUUGAGGAAGGAAUUUGAGAUUGAGGGGGCCAAAUUGUCGGUAGAAAAGACAGAGACAUCUGAUUCAAAUGUUAUUACUCCUGGGACUCCGUUUAUGGCAGUACUUUCAGUGGCUCUACAGUAUUAUAUACAAUCAAGGCUGAAUAAUAAUGCUGGCUGGCGGUUUACAAAGGUAAUUCUCUCUGAUGCAAAUGUCCCUGGUGAGGGGGAGCACAAAAUCAUGUCCUACAUUCGCUUGCAACGUGACCUUCCAGGCUUUGAUCCAAACACAAGCCAUUGUUUAUAUGGUCUUGAUGCAGAUCUAAUAAUGCUGUCUUUGGCUACUCAUGAAGUGCAUUUUUCAAUACUAAGAGAGGUAAUUCCUCCACCUGGACAGCAGAAUAAGUGUUAUGCUUGUGGACAAUCUGGGCAUUUGGCUGCAGAUUGUAAUGGCAUAGGUUUUAGUCAAACUGCAGAUGCAAAUGGGAAAGCUUCAAAUGCCAUUCCCAUCCACAAGAAGAAGUACCAGUUGAUAAAUAUGUGGGUGUUGCGGGAAUAUUUGCAACAUGACUUGGCUAUUUCGCACCCCCCAUUUAAAAUAGACUUCGAGAGGGUGCUGGAUGACUUUGUUUUCUUGUGCUUCUUUGUUGGCAAUGACUUUCUGCCUCAUAUGCCCACACUGGAGAUUCGAGAGGGGGCAAUCAAUCUUCUGAUGGCCGUUUACAGAACUGAGUUUACGGUUAUGGGUGGUUAUCUCACAGAUGCGGGUGAGGUUUCUCUUGAUAGGGCAGAACAUUUUAUUCAAGCAGUUGCGCGUCACGAAGACCAAAUUUUCCGGAAACGAGCUCGUAUUAGUCAGGCAAGAAAUGACAGUAAUGAUGAGCCAUCACCGCCCGACGUGGACAAGGUGAGGCUUGGAGAGCCUGGAUACAAGGAUCGAUAUUAUCUUGAGAAAUUUGGUUUGUCAAGUCCAGCGGAAAUUGAAAUGACUAGACAAGAUGUU